AUGACUCCCGAGUACGAAACAACCUUUAGCCGCACUCUUCCCUUUACGACCCACAAGAUUCCCCAAGAGUUCUAUAAAGCUCUCUGUGAUAAAUUCGGGGCAUGGACAUGGAUAUGCGAGAAGAAAGAAGGGAAUUAUAUCGUUGAAACAAAUAAGGAGGCACCGGCAGACUUGAAGAAGGACCUGCAGGAGAAGGGUGUCUUGAAGGGUGAUGAGCACCUGAUUCAAGCCGCCUCUCGAUACACAGCGGAUAUGGAUAUGAGGGUCGGGGCGGAGACAAUAGAGAGCCCGCGCAGUGAUUCGUAA